AUUUUUUGCGAUCAGCGUGUAAAUACACUCCGUUUUUGUUGCCCGGAUCCAAAAUCCUCCAUGUAAAUUGCGUUUGCGAUCUAAUUAUGAACUGCUAUUCGUGAUGAUGCUCUGCGUUAAACACGGCAGGAGGUACAGCGUCUCGUUGCUGUUUAAUCUGAUUCCGAGAGCUCUUUACUCGCGUCGCAGUGACCGAAGCACGAGUUCCUACAAGAUUGUCAAAUCUAAUGGCGAUUCCUUGGACGAUAUUGACAACAGCGUUUUGGGUGUCAACUCCAACUGGGAAUUGUUAACGCCAAGGGGUUUUAGAUUUUAUCUUCCUGGAAGUAUAGGACCUGCUUGGCUAGAUGCUACUACCACUGCUCAAGUUAAGACUCAGUUCGUUAAACUGUGUGAUAAAGAAGAGUUUAUGGAGCCAUUGAACAAUAAAAAUGAAUAUCAAAAAGAUAUAGAAAAUUGGAAGAAUAUACAGCCGACAUUGGACUGUGUGGCUCAGGAGUGUCCUAUUCUUCUACGAAAAAGUAUAGAAGAACUAUUUCCGGGAUGCUUAGAUGUGACUAUGUCACAUCUCACUAUUAUAACUAUUAGUCAGAAAGCAAAUCUUAAGUCGAUGAGAUGGCGUAAAGAAACAGAAACAGAAAAACUUGCCAAAUAUUUUGUUUUAGCAGCCUCCGAUAUAUGUACAAAACUCAAAAUAGUCGGUUACUGGGCAGACUUUAUAAAUCCUUUCAGUGGACAACCCUACUUGAGUCCAAGAAAGGGCGCCAAUCUGUACGAAACCGAUGAACGAUUUCGCUGCAUAGGAUUUAAAGUACAACAGAGGAACAAUUGCAGAAUUAUUGUUUCUGAUAGUAGUCUACAAAAUUUUAUUGGAAGUCUUUAUACUACAGCGCCUGCAAGCACAGAAUUUUUAAAACAAAUAAUAAACGUUGAUAACGAGGAUCAAUAAAUAUGUGUAUACAAAAAA